AGGAGAUCGCCCACAUAGCGCGGACGAGCGGCGCGCGGUGGGCGGUGGCGCACGAGACGCUGGCACCCGCCGUGAGCGAGGCUUUCGGCCAGCUGCCCCCGGGCACCCUGCGGCAGCUGUGGGUACUGGGCAGUGCCCCUCGCCUGCCCUCGCUCACGAGCCUCCUACGGGCCAGCCCCUCUUCUGAAGCCCAUGCACAGGAGAUCGCUGACCCGAAGACGACCGUGGCAAUGAUGCUGUUUUCGUCGGGCACGACGGGGCCUCCCAAGGGCGUCAUGCUGUCUCACCGCAACCUCCUGACGUCGCUCCUGCAAAACAAGUACAUGAAGAGCCUCGCCCCCGAAGGAACUCCCAACUUUCUGGAAUCCACGCUGUUGGUCAUCCCCGUCUGCCACACCUACGGCUACAUCAUGCUCAUCAACUGCAUCCUCUCGGGCGGGAAGAUGGUCAUGAUGGCCAAGUUUUCGCCCGAGUCCUACUUCGAGGCCAUCCAGACGCACAAGGUCACUUUUUCGCCCAUCGUUCCCCACAUCGCGAUGUACCUGGCGAAGACACCCCUCAUGGCAAAGUACGACACUUCGUCGCUGAUGGCCUUCGCCAGCGGGACGUCGCCCCUCGCCCCCUCCACCCACGUGGAACUCAUGCAGAAGACCGGCAAGGGCGCGGGCGUUGGCUACGGCAUGACGGAGGCGUGUGCCACCAUUGCCAGCAACGGCGGGUCGAUCGGGUUCCAGCUAGGUUCCGUCGGGAGGCUGCUCCCUUAUUAUGAGGGGAAGGUGGUGGACGUGGAGACAGGCCAGGUGCUGGGGGCGGGCCAGGAGGGCGAGUUGUGCGUCAGGGGCCCCUCGAUCAUGCUGGGCUACAUGGGCAACCCCGAGGCCACCGCCGAGGUUAUCGACGAAGAUGGGUGGCUUCACACGGGAGACCUCGGCUUCUUCGAUCAAGACAACUUCAUAUUCCUUACAGAUCGCAUAAAGGACCUCAUGAAAGUCAAAGGAUUUCAGGUGGCGCCGAGCGAGAUCGAGAAGAUCGUGCGAGAGCUGGAGGGCGUCGCGGACGUGUCCGUGGUGGGCGUUCCUGACGACAGGCUCGGCGAGGCGCCGAGGGCGUGGGUGGUACCAGCGCCCGGGGCCAGUCUCGAUCCGGCUCACAUUCAGCAGCAUGUUGCAGAUCGAGUUUCCGCGCCUUACAAGCAGCUGGCAGGGGGCGUUGAGCUAAUCAACGACCUCCCCAAGAACCACCUGGGAAAGGUCCUCAAAAGGAAGCUCAAAAUGGACUUUCUCAAACCCCGCUCCAAACUCUAGGGAUGCCCAUCCCUCCCCGUGUCCUCCUUCCCUCUCCUCACUCUCGCGCUCCCUCUCCCUUCACUUCUUUCUUUGCCUCCCCUCCCCUCCUUCCUUCCUUCCUCCUCCUUUUCCCUCCUUACCCUCCUUUGUCGUCCUCAACAUGUCCUGUAUUAUGGAUGUGAUUUUUAACGUUAUUCAUAUUCAAACGGGUAAAUUCUUUUGUUGGUAUACUCAUGUAUCGAAUGGGCGUUUCCCAUUUUGUCUAUAAUUUUGUCGAGAUAAAUAAAUAAAUAAACAAAUAGAUAAAUAA